AUCUCCGCUUCGGAUGACGAAAGCAUACAUGGUCGAUUGGAGAGGUGGAGGGAUAAAGGGCUAGACACAAACACAGAGGGUGAGACAACUGAGGGUGAUUAUGAUACUGAGAGGGAGGAAAGGGAGGAGGCGAAGAGGAGGGAGAGGCAGGAGCGCUUGUGGCGGCUCGAGAAGAAGGUGGAGGUGGAGGAGUAUGAUACGGACCAAGAGCUGGAGCUCCGGAGGGAGGAACGGCAGCUGGCUCGGCAGCAGGCUCGGGAGAAGAGGCUAGGUCUGGCAGCUGAAAUGAUGAAGGCAGAAAUAGAAAAGGCGGCAGCUUCGGUAGGGGGACUGGGUGGGAAUGGCAUGGGCAUGGGCAUGGGCAUGGGCAUGGGCAUGGGCACUGGGAUGGGGAUGGGGAUGGGGAUGGUGGGUGAAGGUGAGGGGGUGAUGGAUGGGGCUACACAUGAGGCAACAGACGCACAUGCACAUGCACAUGCACAUGCACAUGGGUAUGGGCAUGGGCAUGGGCAUGGGCAUGGGCAUGGGCAUGGGCACGAGCAUAGCUCAGGGCAUGGCCGGCGACUUUCGGGGGGUAGUGGGGGAGGGGCGGCAGCAGCAGGUUUGGGCGGCACAGCAGCAGGAGCAGGCGGGGCAGGAGCAGGAGGAGCCGCAGGAGCAGGAGGAGCAGCAGGAGCAGGGAGCGCAAGCGGUUUGGGGAGUCAUUUAAGCCUUAGCCUAGGGUUGGGGGGGAAUGCUGGCUCUGGUUCUUCGGGAAUGUCUGUUGGCAGUGGUGCUUUCAUUGGUGGUGCCUCUAAUGGACGUGUGUCUACCACCCCCUCGUUAAUAGCACACGGACCCCUAGGCAGCCCCCUAGGAGGCAGCCCUUUACACAGCCCCUUACAUAGCCCACUAGGUAGCCCCCUAGGGGGGAGCCCCCGUGGGGGCAGUCCCUUAGGCGGUAGCCCCCUGGGGGGAAGUCCUUUAGGGGGAAGCCCCCUAGGGAGCCCUCUAGGGAGCCCUCUAGGGAGCCCCUUGGGAAGCCCGCUAAGUACCGGCAGCAGUGGCGGCGGUGGUGGGUUCGGAGGGUUUGGUACGGGCCUGCUGGGAGGUUCGGGGAACAGCUUCGGCGGGGAGCUAGGUAUGGGAUCGGGGUAUGGGAGGAGAAGGAGGCACCGAAGGGGGUCGACGUUGGGGGAGUUGACUGAGACGGAGUGGGAGGGGACUGAUAGGCCGUUGGGAGGUUCGGCGGAGAACCUGGCUGGAGGCUUGGGAGGAGGCUCGGGUGGAGGGUUGCCCGGAGGUCCGGGUGGCCGCUCUGCAGGGAAUCUGAUAGGUUUGGGAGGAGGCUCGGGAGGAGGAGGUAUGGGAGGGGACUCUAUCUCUUUGCAAAGUGAUAUGCCAAUAGGGUUAAGUAAGAACAGAAGGGGCUCGAUUUCUAAAGAAGACUUAUUAGCGGCUCUUGCUCCUCUGGGUUCUAUGUCUGGCAAAGGUGCCGAGAGGGGGGGAGAGAGAGGGGCAGGUGGGCGAGAGAGUGGGGACGAGGCAGGAGGGGCAGGAGGAAGGAGGGGUCAAGCCAAUUCAGCAGAUGACAGGGGGGUUCCUGGUAGCAGUGAGGGGAGAGGAACAAGGAGUGGUGAAGGGAAGGAAAUGAGUGUAGACUCGGAAAGUGGAAGUGGGGGGGUGUUUUUCGAGAUCUCGCUAGAGGCAGGGGACAGUGCAGAGAGUGCUUAUAGAGAGGCGGCUUCUAACGAGUACCAUAGAGCAGGAAACGCAGCAACAUCCCCCACUUCCCCCUCCAACCAAUCCCAGUCCUCUGUUCUAGGUCUUCCCUCAAAGGUUACGUCAGAACAGGAUCUUUUGAAAAAGAGGCUUAAUCCACUGAGAGUCUGGUUAGCGGAGCAGACUAUAGAAAGUACGGCAGCAGGGGUUAAGAGCCCAGAAAGUGACAGAAGGCAGGAGGGUUUAAGUGCCGGUGGGGAAAGUUUAAGUACUGGUGGGAGAAGUAGCUAUGGGAAUGAGGGACAGGGAGGAGGUGAACGGGGCCAUGCGCUGAAUCCACUGCAGCAGCAGCGGCUGCUGCAGGCGUCGACCGAUCAGGCUUUAGCAAGGUUCGAGAGAUUGGCUGCUGGUGCUGGUGCUGGUGCUGCUGAUGCUGCUGCUAGUGGUGCUGGUGGUGGUGCUGCUGCUGCUGCUGGUGCUGCCGCUGGUGGUGGCGGUGCUGCUGCUGGUGGUGCCUCAGGGGCAGCAGACAGGGGUGGGAGAGGCGAAGGACUGGCAACAGGGGCAGCAGCAGCAGCAGCAGCAGCAGCAGCAGCAGCAGGAGGAGGAGGAGGAGGAGGAAGAGCAGGAGGAGCAGCAGCAGGAGCAGCAGCAGGAUCAGGUGCGAAUGGUGCGUCGGGUGUGAGAAGCAACCCAAGAGGGCCUUCAAUACCCUUGCAGCAACCUGCCCCUCUCCCGGGUCCUCCUCCUGCAGCUGCUGCAGGAGUGGGAAGAGGGGGUGAGCGUGGGCAUGGGAUGGGUCCACUGGAUGCAGGAACGGGGGGAGGAGGGGGAGGGGGAGGGGGAGGGGGAGAAGGAGGAGGUGGAGGAAGGGAUGGUGGUAGAGCAGCAGGGGGGGGAGGAGUGGGGAUGAACGGGAGGGGUGAAGGAGAGCAGCAGCUGGAGAGCCCCGCUAGUAGCACUUCUAAGGGAGAGGCCCGGGAGGACGAGGCAUGGGAGGAAAAGGAAGAUUAGAAAUGGAAGCAGCAGCAGGCACAGAAGCAUCUUCCCUAGAGAGGCAAAUUAUGGAACAGGAGAAACUAGGGGACGGGCGUUUUCACGAUCAUUUCCGGGGUAAUUUACCCCCGCCGCUAGUGACGCAGUCCCCUUCGCUGCCCAACCCCACCCCGCCACAAGUUCCCUCCCCGCCCGGAAACUCCUCCACCAAUACGAGAAACCCUCGGGCGAAAAUCAUGAGUCAGGGCAGCGGAAACUUUCGAGCUGCAGGGGCUGGAAAGGUUGAGUCAUGAUAUGGUAGGGCCUGAAGGCCUGAAAAGGUUGAGUUGAGUCCUGAUGUACCUAGUAUUUAAUGGGCUUUUCAUGGUGGUUGUGAUUAGCUGUUGUAACCUCUGACCUGGUGGGAGGAAGGAUGGAUGUGGCACUGGCUUUGGCAGCGAUUCCUUUGGUCGGAGGAAGGAUUUCUUUGGUGUGAUGUGCUCCUCUCCCCACCCCUCCCUCCCACCCAUCCAUCUCGUUUCGUUAUGGUAGGGCCGUCGAGUCUCUCAACAACGUAGAAUGAGUGAUACAGGGUGGUUUUGUCCCAAGGAGUUGAACUCUCUAUGAGCAUGCACUUAUCUAACCUAUAAAAUAUACAAAUAUAC